GAACAUCUUUGGUAUGUUUAUCUACCUGAUGAUAAACAUGGAUGAAGUUUUGUUUUUAUUUGCGGCAAUAGCUAAACUUCGACCUCUAGUAGAUAUUUGGAGUCAGAGUUUCGUAACAGUGAGGCGGUAGAAAAUGACACGUGUUUUGGGAGGUAUUUCACAGACUGUCAACGUCUGUAAUACAAUUCCGUUCCUAGUAAGGUGUCUCAGCAGAGACAUAAAACCAGCAGUGAAGAAUAUUAAAAAUGAUUUGAUUGGGCCACCUAAUCAGCUGUCUAAUCUGCGCCCCAUUGUUUUUCACAUACCAGAAAAUGAGUCUGCCAUUGAAAAGAAGUUUCGUCUGGAACGAGAAGAAACACAGAAGUGGAAUGAAGCUUUCUGGGCUACACACAACAAGAGAUUUUUUAAGGAGCGAGAUGAGUACAUUACUGCAAAUAGUGACCAAAAAGUACCUCUAACAGCAGAUGAAAUGUCUGUCUUUUACAAGUCAUUCCUUGAUGAACACUGGAAGAUACACAUGCGUUACAAUGCUGAAUGGUACAGAAGAAAUGUGUCAUUACUUUUUCUAGCCAUUCGAGUAAAAUUGCAUAAAAUAAGAAAAAUAUUGAAAUUUUCAAAACCAUGAAGUGUGAUAAGGAUCAAUAAAAAUGUCAGAAAAAAAGUUUUUUUUACACACACAUCUGUGCUCUACUUUAUUUGUACUUGAUACCUACUUAUUAAAUAUGAGUUGGUUGGAUGUAACAUUGUCUGAUAUGAUAGUAAAUUUAUGUCACCUGUCAUAAACAGAACAUUACAUGUUAUCUGUUAUUGUGAAGUACAGCAGAGUAAUCAACUGCACUAUAGUAAUAGGCAUGACCUUAUAAGUGGUAUUAUGCUCUUGUAGCCUCUGACAUGACAACUGCCUCACCCAGGAAAUUGUUGUUGUUUUUUUAAUAA